AUGUCCUCUUCAUACUUGAACCCAAUCCUCCCGGGAUUCUUCCCAGACCCUUCAUGUAUUCGGGUUGAUGACACAUUCUAUAUGAUCAAUUCUAGUUUCCAGUUUUUUCCUGGACUUCCGAUCCACAUCUCGAAGGACCUUGUCAACUGGAAACUUGUCGGACAUGCCAUAUGCAGGCCUGAUCAGUUGAGCCUCGAGUAUGCGACCACGAAGAUAAACAACGCAGAGCGCAAGGAGAUAUUUACGGCUGGCUUGUACGCACCUGUAGUCAGGUGGCACAAUGGCGUAUUCUACAUUGUUUGCACCAACCUCAGUGGCACGACGCAUACCGCAUCAGAUGAAGACUUCAGGCCGCAUAACUUCCUCGUCACCAGCUCCGACUUGAAGAAUCCAGGCUCGUUUAGCAUAGUAAUGCCUUUUGAUUUUCAUGGAAUUGAUCCAAGCUUGUUUUUCGAUGACGAUGGCGAGGUCUACAUGCAGGGUAGCUUCAUCCAUGGUUAUCGGAAGAAGCCGGCUACCGUCAUUCGGCAAGCUGCGUUUGAUGUCCACACAGGUACACUGAAAGGCGAAGCCAUCGAUAUCUGGACAGGAUCAGGUGACAAGGUUCCUGAAGGACCUCAUGUGUAUAAGAAAGAUGGCCUCUACUGGCUGCUCAUCGCGGAGGGUGGUACACACCAUGGACAUAAGAUCACCAUGGCAAGAUCGAGGAGUGUUUGGGGCCCAUUUGAGGCCUGUGAGCAGAAUCCGCUGCUAACAGGUAUGGAAAGCUCUAUCAUCCAGUGCGUCGGCCACGGUGAGCUAUUUGACGAUGUUCAUGGGUCCUGGUGGGUUUGCAUGCUGGCACGACGCGAAUUCGGUUCUGCAUACCCUCUUGGUCGUGAGACCUUCAUGGUGCCUGUCAGCUGGCCAAAAGCGGUGUUCCCCAAGAUGGAACCAGUCGAGCUCAUUCAAGUCCUGGAUGAUCGGCCCGAAUUACCUGCUCGACACGCCCAGACUGCUGCGGAGGCCGUAGUGCUCCUUACAUCUCAACGAACUCUGUAUUUACGGACCCCGCAACUACAAAACUACGCUCAAACCGAAGAUGGACACGGCAUUAUCUUGAGUUGCACAGAAACUCCUCUCGGAGCAGGUAGCGGCAGCCCAACGUUCGUAGGAGUAAGGCAAACGUCCCUGAUCUCCACGGCCGAAACAAUCUUGGAUCUGAGUUCUCUGCCAGAAACUUGCUGCUGUGGACUGUCUCUGUAUAAAGAUACCUACCGCCAUGUAUCAUUCGAAAUAGACUCUGCUAGAGAGUUCCUCCGUGUUGCCGCAAUCUACCCUGGACAGGACCUCGAGCAUCUCCAGCCUAUAUCACUGGGCAGAGCUACAGCCGUCAAAUUGAUCAUCGUCUCUUCGGUGGAACACUAUUUGUUUUCUGUUAGUACCUUUGUCAAUAAGCAAUGGUCUAGCCAGGAGGUUCUCUUCCAAUGUUUGGCUGCCAGCCUGAGCGGGGACGACUUCACUGGAACCGUGUAUGGAAUCUAUGCGUGCGGAUCUAGUGGUACAGUGAAGUUCGACUCAUUCGAAGUAAGAUAG